AUGGACGGCGGUGGUUUAAUGAAGAAGAAGAUGAUAAAGAGGAAGGAAAAGGUGGCGGCUAGGGUUUGUGAGUGGCUGGCUCAUCUCAGGCAGCUCUGGUUGGGUUUAGCUUCCGCUGCCCGAACCCUUCUUGAUUAUGAUCCCCGAACACGUCACUAUGGUUACGAUCGCCCUAACCCUAGAGAAGGGUACGAUUCGGGGCAUCGUGACGAAUCCUAUGAUAAUGUAUAUGGAGGAAGAUCGGGUGGAGGAUAUGGAGUCGGAGGGUCGGCUCUUGGAGGUUCAGGCUAUGGAAGUGGUGGAGUAAGGGGUUCGGGAUAUGGUAACGGUGGAGGAAAUGCAUACGGAGGAGGGGUUAGCUCCGGCGUAGGAGGAGCAGGAUAUGGAAGUGGGAGUAGAUAUGGAGGUGGAGAAGAUCAUGGUGUUGGUUACGGUGGUGGGCGAAGUGGAGGUUAUGAAAAUGGAGGCAAUGGUGGGUAUGGGCAAGGAAGAGAUCAUGAUAUCGGCUAUGGAAGUAGAAAUGGAAAUGGAAAUGGAAAUGGAAAUGGGUAUGGAGAUUCCCAUGGAUAUGGAAAUGGUGGAGGAGUCGACGGUGGGUAUGGAAGGGGAGACGGAGUAGGAGGCCAUGCUGGUGGUUCUGGCAUUGGCGCCGGCGGUGGUUACGGAGGCCAUGCUGGUGGUUCUGGAAUUGGGGCCGGCGGAGCUUACGGCAGUGGAGGAGGUCACGGAGGAGAACAUGAUAAUAGCAAAGGAAGUGGAGAAGAAGGAGGUUAUGACGGUGGAUAUGCACUCACAAACUCCAUCUCAAACAAGAAUUGA